CUGACCCAGCUGUGGCCUGUGCCAGGGACGGAAGAGGUUGGGAGGCGGGGCAGGAGCCCUGGGCCCCCGGCGGCAGGGGCUACAUUAUGUAUCAUCUCCCGGCACCCCUCCGGCCUGGAAUUGGCUUCCUCUGCCUCUUGCUCGCUGGGGCAGCCUGGGCUCCCCCACCCAAUCCACUGGACCCCAAGUUUGAAAACAAAGCGGCCCUGCUGACAGCCCGCGAGCCUAAUGAGUUUCUGUGCUUCACCGAGCGCUUGGAGGACUUGGUGUGUUUCUGGGAGGAAGCGGCCAGCGCCGGGGUCGGCCCGGACACCUACAGCUUCUCUUACCAGCUCGAGGGUGAGCCGUGGAAGCCAUGCCGCCUGCAUCAGGCGCCCACCGCCCGCGGCUUGGUGCGUUUCUGGUGCUCGCUGCCUACAGCCGACACGUCGAGCUUCGUGCCCCUAGAGCUGCACGUCACUGCGGCCUCCUCGGGCGCUUCACGCUACCGCCGUACCAUUCACAUCAACGAAGUGGUGCUCCUAGACCCUCCCGCCAGGCUUGUGGCUCGGCGGGCCGACGAGGGCGGCCACGUGGUACUGCGCUGGCUCCCGCCGCCUGGGGCACCCAUGGCGAGCCUUAUCCGCUAUGAGGUGAACAUCUCGGCAGAGAACGCCGCAGGGGGCGCACAGAGGGUGGAGAUCCUCGACGGCCGCACCGAGUGCUUGCUGAGCAACCUGCGGGGCGGAACGCGCUACACCUUCAUGGUACGCGCGCGUAUGGCCGAGCCCAGCUUCGGUGGCUUCUGGAGCGCCUGGUCCGAGCCUGCGUCACUGCUGACGGCUAGUGACUUGGACCCCCUCAUCCUGACUCUCUCCCUCGUCCUCGUGCUCAUUCUACUGCUGCUGGCCGUGCUAGCCCUGCUCUCCCACCGCCGGACUCUGAAGCAGAAGAUCUGGCCUGGCAUCCCAAGCCCUGAGAGCGAGUUUGAAGGCCUCUUCACCACCCACAAGGGUAACUUCCAGCUGUGGCUGUACCAGACUGACGGCUGUCUGUGGUGGAGCCCCAGCACCCCCUUCCCAGAGGACCCACCUGCCCCCCUGGAAGUCCUCUCUGAGUGCUGCUGGGGGGUGACGCAGGCAGUGGAACCAGGGGCAGAUGACGGGGGUCCCCUCCUGGAGCCAGUGGGCAGUGAGCAUGCCCGAGACAGCUACCUGGUGCUGGACAAGUGGUUGCUGCCCCGGAGUCCGCCGAGUGAGGACCUCCUGCAGCCUGGUGGCAAUUUGGACAUAGUGACCAUAGAUGAAGCCUCAGAAGCAUCCUCCUGCACAUCCGCUUUGGCCCUGAAGCCUGGGCCGGAGGGGGCCUCUGCUGCCAGCUUUGAGUACACCAUUCUUGACCCCAGCUCCCAGCUCUUGCGCCCAAGGGCACUGCCCCCUGAGCUGCUCCCCACCCCACCCCACCUAAAGUACCUAUACCUCGUGGUGUCCGACUCUGGCAUCUCAACUGACUACAGCUCAGGGGGUUCCCAGGAAGCCCAGGGGGGUUCAUCCAAUGGCCCCUACUCCAACCCUUAUGAGAACAGCCUCAUCCCAGCCCCCAAGCCUUCACCCCCGAGCUACAUGGCCUGCUCCUAGGACUCCAGCCCUCAGAGGCACAGGGACCCAGAAUGACCCCAGUGCUACUCCAGGCCCAAGGUUUAUCCAGCAGGGUCAGUGAGGCCUGCUGACCUUGGCUUUCUGCUCAAUUCAUCCUGCUCAGAAAGUCACAGCCUUGAAGUAUUUUUAAAUGUACAGUUUUUUUUU